AUCACGAAGCUGCUGUUGUUUGGGGUCCGGGGGAGCCUUUUGUGAUGGAACAAGUUCGAGUCGACCCUCCGCAGAAAAAGGAGGUCCGAAUCAAGAUCCUCUACACCUCAAUCUGCCACACUGAUCUCAGUGCUUGGAAAGGAGAGAACGAAGCUCAGCGGGCCUUUCCUCGAAUUCUAGGCCAUGAAGCCGCGGGAAUUGUUGAGAGCGUUGGUGAAGGUGUAACAGACAUGAAAGAAGGGGAUCAUGUGAUUCCUAUCUUCAACGGGGAGUGUGGUGACUGCAACAGCUGCAAGCAUCAGAAGACUAAUAUCUGCAACAACUUUGGAGUAAACCCGAUGAAGAAGGUGAUGAACAGUGAUGGUAAAACUAGGUUCUCCAUAAUAGCCAAGGAUGGUAGUGAUAUAAAACCUAUAUACCAUUUUCUCAACACAUCAACCUUCAGCGAGUACACAGUUCUUGAGUCCGCCUGUGUUGUUAAGAUCGACUCGGAAGCUCCUCUCAAGAAGAUGACGUUGCUCAGCUGUGGCGUUUCAACUGGAGUUGGUGCUGCAUGGAAUGUUGCCAAUGUUCAACCCGGCUCAACCGUCGCCGUUUUCGGUUUAGGCGCUGUCGGACUUGCUGUUGCUCAAGGAGCACGAGUCAGGGGAGCAUCUAAAAUAAUCGGGGUCGACAUUAACCCUAAUAAAUUCACUAAAGGCCAAGCAAUGGGAAUCACCGAUUUCAUAAACCCUACCGACCCUGGGAAGCCUUUGCAUGAGAGAAUCAGGGAAAUAACAGAAGGAGGUGUGGACUAUAGCUUUGAGUGUAUCGGAAACUCCGACGUUCUCCGGGAAGCCUUUCUUUCCACUCGCGAGGGAUGGGGCUUUACUGUGAUAUUGGGAAUUCAUGCAACCCCAAAAAUGCUUCCUCUCCAUCCAAUGGAUCUGUUCCUUGGUCGAGGAAUUGUUGGAUCUGUGUUUGGAGGCUUCAAAGGGAAAAGCCAACUCCCCAGUUUUGCUAAAGAAUGUAUGAGAGGGGUGGUCCAUUUAGACGAGUUCAUAACACAUGAGCUUCCAUUCGAAAAGAUAAACGAUGCAUUUCAGUUGCUUGUUGAAGGCCAGCCACUGAGAUGCGUUCUGCAUCUGUGAGUAUCUGUUUCACUUUCAGGGUCCCUGAUUGCAUUGCAUGCAGUAGUUUCGGAACGAAAGCCUUGAAUGGGUAAAUUAAAUCAAAAGGUUUUUCCCUUUGUGAAGAUUAUUCGUUUGAAUUAACUCAUUGUGAU